GCUAAGUUAGCUAGUAAGCUAGCUGUACUUAGCUGACCAAAUGAUGUGGCUGGAGGAAAAUCCCGGUUUACUACGUGCCAACGAUGGCACAACCAUGGCUUUAGAGCGAUGAAUCGACUAUGUCCGAUAUUCUACAGACAGCCCCGGACUCAGACGACAGGAAAACGCCCCUGCCAUGGCAGCUGGUGUCAGCAUACUGAGUGACUUGUCUUACUCCAUGAGUGGAGCCCGCAGUGGAGAGAUCAGCGCAGAGAUGGAGACAGCCAAUGCUAGGGUCCCAACAGCAAAGUACACCAAGAUGGGGGAGACCUUAAGGCACGUCAUCCCUGGUCACAUGCAGUGCUCCAUGGCCUGUGGAGGAAAAGCCUGUAAAUAUGAGAACCCCUCUCGCUGGAGUGAUGAGGAACAAGCCAUUAAAGGACUCUACUCGUCCUGGAUUACUGACAACUUGCUAGCUAUGGCAAGGCCCUCUACUGAAAUCAUAGAGAAAUAUAAUAUAAUUGAACAGUUCCAAAGGUGUGGCUUGAAGACGGUCAUCAACCUACAGCGACCAGGGGAACACGCCAGCUGUGGCAACCCGCUGGAGCAGGAGAGUGGUUUCACUUAUCGACCGGAAACCUUCAUGGAGGCAGGCAUUUAUUACUACAACUUUGGGUGGAAGGAUUAUGGUGUGGCAUCUCUGACAACAGUCCUUGACAUGGUGAAAGUCAUGUCCUUUGCUGUCCAGGAGGGGAAGCUGGCUGUCCACUGCCAUGCCGGUCUCGGAAGAACAGGUGUGCUGUUGGCUUGUUACUUGGUUUUCACGUCCCGGAUGAGUGCUGACCAAGCCAUUCUGUUUGUGCGAGCCAAGAGACCCAAUUCCAUCCAGACCAGAGGCCAGCUCCUGUGUGUCAGGGAGUUCGCUCAGUUCCUGGUUCCUCUUCGAAGCGUCUUCUCCUGUGCAGAGCCCAAAGUGAGUGCCGUCACCUUGUCCCAGUACCUCACCCGGCAGCGCCACCUGCUGCACGGCUAUGAGGCUCGGCAGAUGAAGAACGUGCCAAAGAUCGUCCAGCUGGUGUGCAGGCUCCUCAUGGACAUUGCAGCCAACAGACAGGUGGUGAUCGAGGAGGAGUGGCUGGAGAUCCCCGACCUCACCGCGGAGGUGGAGAAGACCGUGUCCCAGCAGGCUCUUCAGCAGCUCGGGAAAGAGAUGAGAGGAAAAGGGAUUCCUGUUCCACCUUGUUCAUCUCAUCCUCUCAGUCCAACCGCUCUGCAGUCGAGGCCUUUUCAUGAUCAACCUCUUGCCAGUGAUAAUGAGCUUGACCCUCUGUGGAGGCAGCAGAAUGUAGAAAGCCCUUUCAGAUCCUCUCUGUCCAACAACAGGAGCCUCAGUUACAGCGAUUCUGUCCUUCACAAACUUGGACCACGGCAGCUUCAAUCAGGAAACUUGAAGAGCAACAAACCAAUCAACUGGCGGAUCAAACAUUCCUUGUCUCACAGCAGCCUUACAGCCUGCAUCCCCCCCAAAUUCUAUGACCUCUCUCCUCAGGACAUUAUCAGCAGCAUUCAGGACCCCAGUACAGAAGCACAGCAAGACAUGGGAUCCACCUUUCUAAAAAAGCGGCUACUCAGGGGCCAUCAUAGUUGGUCUUUAGAUCUGUCUGAGCAGGGAAGAAAAUCCCACUGUAACGCCACACAGCCAGACUUAUCAACCAACCAACUGGUAACCAGUAAGGAGCAGCUGGAUGUGGAUGUGUCAGUGGGUGGAGCAGACCGUGGGGAUGUCACAGAGGUUCCCUUCAUCACUCUCCAGUCUGAGUUCUCCCCAGAGAACAGAUGCCUGUUGGUGGCCAGAGCUCUGGCCAUGGACCUGACAGACAAGGAUCUCACCUCCAAGGUGUCACUGUGGCAGACAGAGCUGAACUCCAGAGAAGGAGCUUGGGAGAGGCUGUGUAUGGAGAGGGAUCCUCUGGUCCUGUCCAGUCUCAUGUGGUCGUGGCUGGAGCAGCUGAAGGACCCAAUCAUCAGCAGUGAGGAUAUAAAAGGCCUCAGUGAGAAGAACGUAAACCCACAGAGCGCCCUCGACUCACUGGAAAAGGGCCACAGACUCACUGUGCUGUGUAUCCUCGACUGUGCUGCUCAUCUCCUGCCAGUGCCUGAAGACGUGGAGACAAGUUUUCUCAACCAAACAAUAAAAGUGUUUACUAAGAUUGACCCUGCCUCAGGGAAAAAUGAGUCUUUGUACACGACCCUGAAAGAAAUCCUGACUCCCAUUCUUCAUGAGCUGUGUGACAAAACUGUGGAGGAGGAUGAGGACUCCUGAUCCAGCCUCAACAAGACUCAGAAACGGGGUUCCAUUCUCAUUUUUGGGCAUUACUGCUGAGAUCUGCCAAUCUUUAGUCUUUAAGAUAUUUGAAGAUUAUGUCAUUUGAAGGUUUAGCAUUUCAUUUAUCUGGAAAGCUCUUAAUAGACUCUAAGCACUGCCAUUCUCUGUGUUAAUGUGCCACUGUGCUCAGUUGGAAAGCAUUUAUUUUGUCAUCUGUUUUACUGUAAUAUUUGUGAGGGACUAGAUGUUGCUCUUAAUAUCUGUUAGUUGGUAGGAAAAUGACUGAGAAACGCUCUCAUGAUGUUAAUGGGAUGUUAUUUAAUGUGUAGAUCAGCUGUCAAAGCUGUUUGGAGGGGGGUCUUAUUUAAACCAAAACAUGUUUUUACACUGUGCAGAUGCUACAAUGUGUCUUAUUUAUUCAGAUCUUAUUUGAAAUGCAGCAGUUGGUUUAAUAACGAUAUAACCUGAUGACAAGUUGGAAGGUUGCUUUGUUCAUGUAGAAUGUAAGGUGUUUUGUUAGAGUCAAAUGCAAAUUAUGAUUAUUAUUGUUAUUGCAAUGCAAAUUCAACAGGCCACAGUGCAUUCGCUUUUCCAAUCAAUUUUAUGUCCUUAAUACUGCGUGCACCAAAAACCUCUCACUGUACUGUUCUGUUGUACAUGCAUUUGUGAAACAUCAAUCUGCCUCCACUGUUGCAUUUAGCAAAAUGUUUUCUGCCUCAACUCAAAUGGCCUCCGUCAGGACUCUGUAUCAUGCUGCUUUGUGUACCGUCAGUGUGUGUGUAUGUGUGUGUAGCUGUUGAGAGGAGUCAGUGGCCUCUCACCUCAUAUAUGUCUCAUGUAUGGACGCAAGUAGCGUAGAUCUGCAGAUGCACUGAAUGUGGAACACUGAUGGUAAUAAUCGUGUGAAGGACGUGAGACAUUGUACUGUGUUGAAUUUUCAACGAGCACUAUUUUUUUCAUUGUUACAAUGAGCUACUUCU